AUGGAUGCAGGUGAUGCAAGUCAACCAAUCACUCAGUCUGCAGAAUAUGAACAGGCACAAUUAAUAAUUUGCAAAGAGGAGAACACAAAAGGGGUUCUACCUGACUCUUCAACCAGUACACAUCUUGGUGACUCUCCAAACGAUGAAGAUGCAAAACAGAAGUUGGCUGUUGAGACAUCCGCAAGAAAUAUUUUCAACAAUAACAAUGCAGGACCUUUCAUCUCUGUCAACCAGAGUGGCGGUGUCCAGUUUAUCCCCUGCCAGCAGAGAUAUGAUACUUUCACUUCCUGGCCUGGGUCUCCCAUAAUGCAGUAUGCUGUCCACUCCAGCAAUGGCACUUACAUUGUAUCUGAAGAUAAGGGCCAAGCCACCACUGGAGGUAUGUCUGCGUAUCAGAUUUCCUCUCCUGCAUCUGGCCUUUCCCAGGCAAUGGACGGCUCACCCGGCUCUCUGCCAAGCCCUCAGCAGCUGACUGAGGAAGCAUCAUGUAAGAGGGAACUCCGACUGGUGAAAAACAGGGAAGCCGCCCGGGAAUGUCGGCGGAAGAAGAAAGAAUAUGUCAAAUGUCUCGAGAACCGAGUCGCCGUGCUUGAAAAACAAAACAAGACGCUUAUUGAAGAACUCAAGGCUCUUAAAGACCUAUACUGUCACAAAACCGAAUAA